GGCAAAGGAGGCGUGGUUUCCUAAAUCAUGGUGGGUUUCUUGGUAGUACCUGUCCGACUUAUGUGGCUUCCGGGUGGGCCCCCGUGGCGUCUCUUGCCCCGCGGACUCGGGCUUUGGGGCUCAGCUGAGGGGACCUUGAGAACCGUACUGAGGCCAUUCUGCGCGCGGCGAGAGGAGGCGUGGCGGGCCUCAGGGCUCGCAGGCUGCUGCCUCAGAAGCCGACCUCUGAGCACCGCGAUGCCGCCGCCGCCGCCUCCAGGGUCGAAGGGCCGCAGAGACUCAACGCGCCCCUCGCAGCCUGGGCCUGUUUCCUGGAAGUCGUUAGCAUUCACAUUUGCUGUUGGAGGAGCUUUAUUGGCUGGGAUGAAGUACUUCAAGAAAGAAAAGACAGAAAAGCUGGAGAAGGAGCGGCAGCGAUCCAUAGGAAAACCUUUACUUGGGGGACCAUUUUCUCUCACAACUCAUACUGGAGAGCCUAAAACUGACAAGGACUACCUGGGCCAGUGGGUACUGAUUUAUUUUGGCUUCACUCAUUGCCCUGAUAUCUGUCCAGAAGAACUAGAAAAAAUGAUUCAAGUUGUGGAUGAAAUAGAUAGCAUUCCAACGCUGCCAGAUCUAACUCCACUUUUCAUCACUAUUGACCCAGAAAGGGACACCAAAGAAGCCAUUGCAGAUUAUGUGAAAGAAUUUUCUCCCAAACUGGUUGGCUUGACUGGCACAAAAGAAGAGAUUGAUGAAGUGGCCAGAGCUUACAGAGUGUAUUACAGUCCUGGCCCCAAGGAUGAAGAUGAGGAUUACAUAGUAGAUCAUACAAUAAUAAUGUACUUGAUUGGACCAGAUGGUCAGUUUCUAGAUUAUUUUGGCCAGAACAAGAAGAAUGCAGAAAUAGCUGGUUCAAUUGCUGCACACAUGAGGGAACAGAGGAAGAAGAAGAGUUAGCCAGAGCUGUGUUGUCAGGACCUGUCACUGUUGGGCUCAUCCGAGAUAGCUUCUUGGAACUGUAAAGCUCACUGUGAGACGUGAAGCCAUGAAGAGCGGAAGGACACAGCAGGAAACAACACGGUUGGUGUGUUUACGUGUAAACAGUGCCCUCUUCAGCUUUGCUGCCUUUCCAGUGUCCUGGACGCUUUCUCUACAGGAUGUAGGAUUUAAUUUCCAGGAAAAUAAUGUAAUUUCUACAGUACUCUUGCUUUCUUCUUUGAGUUCUUGGUAGCCAAUCUGGAAAAAAACAGUCAAAUUAGACUCUCUACCAUUCAAAGUUCGUUUUUGUACUUGAAAGCGUAAGUGUCCUCUUCCUUGUUAAUGAAUGUCAGUAUCAGGUUUACAUUUCAUUCCACUGCCAGCAAGUGCUGUUUUGACUAACGAAAAGGAAGUUCCUUUUGGUGAAAACCGUUGGGUCGGUGUUCAGGGUUUUUAUAUGAUUUGUAGCUAAAUGAUGUGCCAGGCUUUCAAUGACAUAAUAAAUGGAUAUACGAGAAUAUCGAUCAUGAAUGUGAUGCAGAGUACUUUUCCACAGGUGUUGGACUUCACCGUGUGUACAAUAAACAUGUAUUUGAUUUUGCAAAUCAGACAAGCAUGACCUCCUUUCUCAUGGCUGAAGAGUGGGUGCGUGGAUGGCAGUACAUAGCCCUCAGGCAGGGACUCACAGGCUUGAGAGGAUGGGGUAGGCAGGUGCUUGUCAAGAUGCAGGUUCAUCAGCUCAAAGCUGGAUCCACUGCAUCCGGGGCAGGACAUGGAGACCCACACUCAUAACAGAUUUCCCAGGUGACUCGGGUGCUGGUCUGGAGACCAUGCUUUGAAAGACCGUGUUUUGUGGGGAAAUAAGGUUUUGAUCUGGAGGAGUGAAGACUUGACCCACCUUUUGAUGUGUCAGUGAACAGAGUGCUGGGCACACACUUAGCUGUUCAGGGAAGUGUUUGUGGGUGUUGAAAUGAACUUUGGCUUUUCUCAAUUUAACUUCCCUGGGUACCUGGGCUGGACUUUCACCAUCUUCUACCUGUAGCUGCUGCCUGAAGCAGAGACCUCUGAAAGUUUUUCAGUAAAUCCUAAGGUGCAAAAGACAUAAUACCUGGUCAUCCACCAGAUUUUCUCUCUGCACACCAGUUUUGUUUUACAUGCACGUGAUACAGGCUAUCUUCUGGUUUUUAAAUUCACUUCUCAAUACUUACGUUAAACCUGGGUGAAGAAAAUGGUUAAGCGCUCGACUACUAACUGAAACGUUGGUCAUUCAAACCCACCCGGGGCACCUCAGAAGAAAGGCCUGGUGAUCUGCUUUCGAAGGGCCAUAGCCUUGAAAACCCUGUGGAGCAAUUCUAGUCUGAAACACAUGGGGUCAUCAUGGCUUGAAAUUGGCUAAAUGGCAACUGGUUUAAUUAAAGUAAAAACGUGAAAAAAAUCACAGCCUCUAGCCAUUUUCCUUUCUUUGCGUAGGUUCCUGAAUAAGCGAGUGCAGGAUUUAGUUUAUAUAAGCUACAAAUCAGAAGUAGUUGGUUUGGAGUGACUUUUCUGAGGAAGGUGAAGAACUUAGUAAAAGAAUAGUCUCAUGUAACGAGAGAUUAGUAUCUGAAAUGCCAGGCAUUAAGAAAGAUGGUCUGUUUUAAGCCACAAAACAUUUGUGUGGAUCGCUUUGGAGCAAGCUUGCACUUAAAUAAAAUUUAGUCUUCAUUCUCAGCUGUUGCAGGUUAGAGCUUGUGUAAUGGUCCAGAAAGGGAACAGAAGGUUUUGAAGAAACCUUUUAUUUGCUCUUCAUUCCAGUGUCAAGUUUAAAGGGUUGGAGUCAGGGUGUCAAAAGCAGGGAAAGGGGCCUCAGAAAUGACCUAGUCCAAAUCCCCCUGUGAAUGAGGGGAUAAUACAGGAGCAGUAAGAUUGUGUCCUUAUUUCUGACCCUAGGUUAAAACGCUGAUCCUAGCUGCUAGUCAAGCCCCUGCUUGUCCCACUGCUACAGCUUGCUUAUGGUGACCAUAUGUAUCCAACACCAAAAAUGGGGUGGGGGGGGUGACGUGCUGGAGCAACUUGUCAGAUAGGGAAUUUUGGGAAAUCAAAAUUCCUUUCGGUGAAGUAUCACUUAGAGAUCAUUGCCUGGAUGUGUUACUGUGUUUUUGCCAGGCUCUUUAAUAGAAUUAAUAUUUUAAGAGAUGCUGUUGGCUUAUUUGAAAAUUAGAAGAAUCCUGCCAAUGUAAUAGGCAUGCAAGUGCUUAAUGCAUCAGGCUGUUGAUGAGGCAGCUGCUACCGUAAGUGCAAGAGCUGAGAUUUACUGGGUACCAGGCUGAUGAGCAUCAAACACCCAUUUAAAUUGGGAGGGUAAUGUGAGCCCAGUAAAAUUAUUUAAAAUUAUAGAUGCCUCAGCAUAAGGUAUUUUAAAAUAUCUUUUAUUGCUUUCAAAUAUAAGGUUAAAAUUUUCAAAUCGCCCGUAAUUCCCAAACAAAUGUUUUGUUUGCAUAUAACACAGUUUAAAACUGUGUGUGUGUGAGAACUACCUUUAAAAGAGCAGUCACUCUGGCAAGCAUUUGCUGUCCAUUUAGCUGAUACUUUUUAUUCAUGGUUAUGAGUUACCUUAUCUGUAACAAUGUGGGUGGUUAUUGCUGUGUAUUAAUGAGGUGCAAUUAAUAACCUGUUUAGCCAUGUAUUCCUUACUAUAGCUUUAGAACAUUGGAGGUAAUUUAUUUUCUAUUCAUUUUUAAAGUCUGUUGGUUCUUCCACAGUAAGUAUAUCACAUCUUCAAUAUAGAAAGUUUGAACUAUACAGAGAAGUUAAGGGACAAAAUUUUUUUUUAUUGUAGUUUAAGUGAAAGUUUACAAUUCAAGUUAGUCUCUCAUACAAAAAUUUAUAUAUACAUUGUUAUGUGACCCUAAUUGCUCUUCCUAUACUGUGACAGCAC